AUGUCUCAACGUAUCAGCUUCAAGGUCGAGGGCGAAGUCCAGGGUGUCAACUUCAGAAGCUUCACAGUCAAGCAAGCAAAGUCUCUAGGAAUCACCGGUCACGUCCAGAACGCCAGUGAUGGAAGUGUUACUGGUGAGGCUCAGGGUGACAGCAGCUCUUUGGACAAAUUCAAGCAGCACUUGAACAAGGGGCCCUCGGCUGCCACUGUCACAAAGCUCGAUGUCGAUGAUAUCAAGACUAAAGAUGGCGAGAGCGAUUUCACUCAGUAA